AUGUCCUUCCAUUCGAAAAUCUCGGCUCAAAGUCUACGAUUGAUGAGAAGUUUAAGAAAUCUACGACUUGGAAUUUGUGUGCAGGCGAGAUUGUUUUCGCGAGCGGCUCCUUUGUUUCGGCCUCCAAGUUCCACUGUUGCUGGGACAAUAAUGAAGGGCUUGUCAAUUCAUAAAAAUGAGCCAGACCCUGUUGCAAAAGAAGAUAAUGAGUAUCCAGACUGGUUGUGGACGCUACUGGAUGAAACGAAGCCUGUUUUGGAACCAACGGAAAUCUGGAAGCAGCCGCCUUCUGUUCACCGGCGUGCCCGGAAACAAAGUAUUCGCAUGGAAAAUUUGCGUCGGAAGACUUAA